AUGAAUAACUUUCAGCCUUGGAUCAGGCUAAAUCUAACAACUAUUGGGUAUUCCUGUACUUGCCCAUCUGGUUACACUGGAACCCGAUGUGAGACUAGUGUCUGUUCCUUACCUUUAGCUUCUGGGACGGCUACGACAUGCCCAGGGGCACAAGCAGUUUUGCGUUAUUACUAUGCUGGCAGUACAAGUGGUUGUACCCCAUUUGCUUAUUAUUGUGGUGCAAAUGCCAACAACUUUGAAAGCAGUACAUUGUGUGAAGCAGCAUGUGGAGUGGUUACAACAGCCUGUGCAUCUGCACCCUGUCUAAAUGGUGGAACUUGCUCUCAAACAACUAUUGGGUAUUCCUGUACUUGCCCAUCUGGUUACACUGGAACCCGAUGUGAGACUAGUGUCUGUUCCUUACCUUUAGCUGCUGGGACAGCUGCGACGUGCCCGGGGUCACAAGGCGUUUUGCGUUAUUACUAUGCUGGCAGUACAAGUGGUUGUACUCCAUUUGCUUAUUAUUGUGGUGCAAAUGCCAACAACUUUGAAAGCAAUACAUUGUGUGAAGCAGCAUGUGGAGUAACAGUAACUCCAUGUUCAACAAAUCCUUGUCAGAAUGGAGGUGCAUGCACUGUUGUAGGUUCAAAUUACACGUGUACAUGUUCAGGGUGUUUUACUGGAACCAACUGUCAAACAGGUGUGUACAAGUUGUUUUCAUUGCUAAUAAGUGAUUGCCUAAUAUCUUAAAAUAUAUUUAUUUAAAUUUAAAUAAAUAUUCAAUUACAAAGGAGUUAAAUUCAGAUACAGUAUAAAUACUGCUCUUAGUUUUACGUUUGGAAUAUUAAGUUGCUUUUUUUUAAACUUAUAAUUCUGCUCGUAAAGUUGUUUUUGUUUUUAAUGUCCAACAUGCUGUCAAACAGGUAAAUGCUCUCAAUUUAAAUGAUUUAUAGUUAAUUGUCCUAGAGUCGUGAGUACCAGGUCUGC